GACAAUUCGCACACGCUUCCUCUGAUCUCUCGAGAACUCCGAGGCUCCGCCGCCCGCCACCAUGCAGACCCUCCUCCUCCCCGCCGUGGACGGUCUCCGCCUCUCCUCCCCCGAACCUCCCCCCACGCUCCGUCGACGCUCCCCCCGCCCGCUCACCGCCGUCCGCGCCUCUGCCGCGCCGCCCCGCAGGGAGACGGAUCCGAAGAAGCGGGUCGUGAUCACCGGCAUGGGGCUGGUCUCCGUGUUCGGAAACGACGUCGAUGCGUACUACGACAAGCUCCUCCAAGGGGAGUGCGGGAUCGGGCUGAUUGACCGGUUCGACGCGUCCAAGUUCCCCACAAGGUUCGCCGGCCAGAUCAGGGGGUUUUCGUCGGAGGGGUACAUUGAUGGGAAGAACGACCGGCGGCUCGACGGCUGUUUGAGGUAUUGCCUGGUUAGUGGCAAGAAGGCCCUCGAGAGCGCCGGCCUUGGUGUUGGGAGCCAAACCCUUAACAAGAUUGACAAGGUUCGAGCUGGUGUUCUUGUUGGUACAGGCAUGGGUGGUCUUUCAAUCUUUUCUGAUGGGGUUCAGGCUUUAAUAGAGAAAGGCCACAGGAAAAUAACUCCAUUUUUCAUUCCUUAUGCCAUAACAAACAUGGGUUCUGCGCUACUUGCAAUGGAUAUUGGUUUCAUGGGUCCUAACUAUUCAAUUUCUACUGCAUGUGCAACGUCAAACUAUUGUUUUUAUGCUGCUGCUAAUCAUAUUCGUCGUGGUGAGGCUGAUAUAAUGAUUGCUGGUGGUACUGAAGCUGCCAUCAUUCCAAUUGGUGUUGGGGGUUUUGUUGCAUGUAGAGCAUUAUCUCAAAGAAAUGAUGAUCCUAAAACUGCAUCAAGACCAUGGGACAAGGAUCGAGAUGGCUUUGUCAUGGGGGAAGGUGCUGGAGUACUGGUCAUGGAGAGCCUUGAACAUGCAAUGAAACGUGAUGCACCAAUAAUUGCUGAGUACCUUGGAGGUGCUGUCAACUGUGAUGCCUAUCAUAUGACAGAUCCUAGAGCUGAUGGACUUGGGGUUUCAUCUUGUGUCCAGAAAAGUCUUGAAGAUGCUGGAGUGGCACCAGAAGAGGUCAAUUACAUAAAUGCUCAUGCAACUUCCACACUUGCGGGGGAUCUGGCAGAGGUGAACGCCAUUAAACAGGUUUUCAAGGAUCCAUCUGCGGUUAAGAUGAAUGCAACAAAGUCUAUGAUAGGGCACUGCCUUGGUGCAGCAGGCGGUUUAGAGGCUAUUGCAACUGUGAAAGCCAUAACUACAGGAUGGCUGCAUCCAACUAUAAACCAAUUCAAUUUAGAGCCAGCAGUUGAGUUUGAUACCGUGGCAAACGAAAAGCAGCAGCAUGAAGUUAAUGUUGCUAUUUCAAACUCAUUUGGUUUUGGAGGACACAACUCGGUUGUGGUGUUUGCACCUUUCAAGCCAUGAUCAGUUCAAACAUAAUUUUUGGGGUAUCUGAUGGUUACCUUUCUCUAGUGAGGCCAGGAAAAGUAGAGUUGUUUCAAGCUGCCAAAUUUUCUGCCAAAGGAGGCAAAUUUUGCUAUGAGAACAGUCUUUCUUAAUAUGAGAAAAACAUUUCUAUUCUUUCAAUAAAGCCUUUGCACCUAUUUUUUUUCCUAAUUAAGUCAUUUUAUUGACACUUUUGGAUGGCACUGUAUUGUGAUAUUACCAAAUAGUUUCUUA